AUGGAGAGUUCAGUGGCAGUCAGUCCGUCCCAUCGCUUUGACGAACUAACCAAGCACAUUAACACCUUAAUAACAUUUUUUUUCGGAGUGGAUAUAUUUGCACUCCGUUUGAAAUUCAACUACCGCACCUGGGCCGUUAGCCUUUUAGUUAUCAACUAUACCGUCUUUACCGUAUUUUCCAUAUUUAGAAAUGGCGUUGAUUUAGAGAAAAACCUAGAGACCUCAUCGAUGAUAGGAGGCCUGGUACAUAUUCUCGGGAAGUUCCUGACGUGUCUGUUGAAACAGCAGGACAUGCGGAGACUCACAUUCUUCACAAGAGGCAUUUACGAGGAGUACGAGAAUAAGGGAAUUCACUACCGCACAGCCCUGCACACGAACAUCGAUCGGUUCCUCCGUUUCAUACGAAUCAUUCGCAAUGGUUACUUUGUGACCUUUUCCAUAAUGCUAUCAGUACCGCUGGCCAUGCUGAUGUACGACGGCACUCGGGUCACCAUUAUGCAGUUCAACUUCCCUGGACUUUCACUGGAAAGUAAUUUUGGCUUUACAGCCACCUGCCUGAUUCACUCGAUUUCACUGAUCAUUGGCGGCGUAGGAUUUUAUGUGGGGGACACGUUUGUCUUUCUCGGAUUGACCCAGAUCAUAACAUUCGCUGAUAUGAUGCAGCUCAAGAUAGACGAGCUAUACGAAGCCCUGGAACUCAAAGCCAAAUCCAGAGAGCUAUUACCAGUAGGUGUUCAGAUUGGAGGGGAAAAAUAUCGACUACAACUUUUAUUGGAAGUUAUUAAGUGGCAUCAACUCUUUACGAACUACUGCAGCAAGGUGAACGCCUUAUACUAUGAGUUGAUCGCCUCUCAGGUCAUAGCCAUGGCCAUGUCAGUGUUGCUCAGUUUUUGCCUUAAUUUAUCUAGCUUUAACCUUUCAUUGGCCUUGUACUUUGUGGUAUCAGCAUACAGUAUGACCAUCUAUUGCUUUCUGGGCACUGUCAUUGAAUUUUCAUAUGACCAGGUCUACGAGAGCAUCUGCAAUGUGGACUGGCUCGAGUUGAGUGUCAACGAGCGGAAGCUCUUUGGCCUAAUGCUGCGGGAGUCUCAGCAUCCGCAGACUAUUCAGAUUCUUGGAAUUAUGUCGCUUUCUAUGAGAACAGCUCUACAGAUUGUAAAACUGAUUUACAGCGUUUCGAUGAUGAUGAUGAAUCGCUAA